CGCUUGGAGACAUUAUAAGCCGCUUUUACGGCUUAUAUAUAGUAUUUUUAUCGUACGUACAAACACGGAGAACACACAGCACACCGGAGGACUAUUACCAUUUGUCCUCCGACUAGGAAGAAAGCAGAUAAAACGGAUUUUAGUCGUCGGGCUCUGUCCUUCCUGUUCAGCCCUUUUGUUUUCCAGGUCUUCGCUCGUGCAGGCGACUAAACAGCGCCCCCGCGCGGAGCAUCAGAAAAGUCCGAGAAUAGGGAGCCAUACGAGCGGCCGAGCUUCUUGCCUCUCCUGCGACGUGGGUCCUCUCAGCUCAGCUGUCCGAUGCGGAGUGAGGAUGAGUCCCGCUCUGGAAGCCCUUAUGCAGGCGGAUGGGACUCCAUAUCCCGGAGCAAAAGGCGUGAUGCUUGAGCCUUUCGUGCACCAGGUGGGAGGACACUCCUGUGUGCUGCGAUUUGGGGAACAGAUCAUCUGCAAGCCCCUCAUCCCCCGGGAGCACCAGUUCUACAAGAGCCUGCCCCCGGAGAUGAGGAAGUUCACCCCGCAGUAUAAAGGUGUGGUGUCAGUCAGUUUUGAGGAGGAUGACGAAGGAAACCUGUGCCUCAUCGCCUACCCUCGCCACAGCGAAUCAGGUGACCUGGAGAACAAAGACCCGUCUUCAGAUUGUGAGCCCAAGAGCAAGAUGUUGAAGUGGAGCAACAAGAAACAGUCCACUCUGCUUCUGGAGAACGACAACUACAGCAAAGACAGAGCUCGACUUACUUGGAAAGAAGACAAGCUCAUGAGUUAUAAUCGUGACGAGGUGGUGCAGCAAAAGCAGCAGCAGGCGGAGGUUCUUUACUUCAGCCUGGAGAAGGGCAACGUUGUUCCGCAGAUCAAACACAACCCCUGGAGUCUGAAAUGUCACCAACAGCACUUACAGAGGAUGAAGGAGAAUGCAAAGCACCGCAAUCAAUACAAAUUUAUCCUUUUGGAGAAUCUGACGUGGCGCUAUACAGUACCAUGUGUUUUAGACUUGAAGAUGGGAACCCGCCAGCAUGGAGAUGAUGCAUCAGAGGAGAAGAAAGCCAAUCAGAUCCGCAAGUGUCAACAGAGCACGUCUGCCUCUAUUGGAGUCCGAAUCUGUGGAAUGCAGGUGUACCAGUCAGACUCAGGCCAGCUGAUGUUCAUGAAUAAGUACCACGGUCGUAAGCUCAACCUCACCGGUUUCAAGGAGGCUCUCUACCAGUUUUUCCACAAUGGGCGCCGCUUGCGUCAAGAGCUGCUCUCACCAGUGCUGCGCAGACUGCGGGAAAUGCAAGCUGCCCUGGAGGCCUGCGAGUCCUACCGCUUCUACUCAAGCUCCCUGCUUAUCAUCUAUGACGGAGACCCCCCCAGGACUCCCAGCAGACCUAGACACCGAGGUGGUGAAGAAGGUGAUGAGGAUGAGCCAUCAGAUGAAGAGGAAGAGGAUGACGAGGAGGAAGGGGGGGCCUAUGGUUUCCGUCGUUCUUCAGCGGGCGGCAGUGGCGGUGUGGCCGCAGGGAGCAGCAACAGUGGGAGUGGUCGCUCUUCCCACAGCACAGGAGAGGCCAGCAGCCCCGUGGUGGACGUGCGCAUGAUUGACUUUGCUCACACCACCUGUCGGCACUAUGGAGAAGACAGUGUAGUGCAUGAAGGCCAGGACAGUGGUUUCAUCUUUGGCCUCCAGAACCUGAUCACCAUCAUCUCCCAGCUGGAGGAUCACAGUACUGACUGAAGCUGCAGUGGAACCGUCAGGGUCUGAAUUUAAAGUCUGGGAAACGGCUCACUGAGCUCAAAGCCCGCUAAUCCAAGGUGCAUUGUCCCUUAUGCCUAAAUGGGGGUCUGCCCCUCCUCUGCUUGGAGGGAUCCUCAGACACUUCAGGGUCAGAGUAGAGGUCGUGUGGUCGUUAUGCCCUCUCUCUAAACUGCCAGAGGACGGGGCCACCUGUGCCCCAACUUGCACUUUUCUCUUGGCGAGACUGCUUCUUUUCUUUGCUAUUCAUAGUAGCGGACGUGGUGUGUGAGACCGCAGUUUUUCCAACAAAUACCGGGACUCCUGGAGCGUCUUAGGACUCUCCGCCUCACCAGGUCUUUAAUUAUUAAGUUCUCUCUGAGAGAGAAAGAGAGUGAGGCAGAGAUGAAUGGAGCUCAAGUGUAGUUGUGGGAGCCUGGUUAUGGUGCUUUUCCUGUGUCAUUUCAUAACUUUUUUAGAUGAAGUUUGGACUGCCAGUACUCAACAGCACAUUAUUAGUGGCAAAGAUGACCGUACAAGCUGACCAUGGCUGGCUAGGUCAGCGGUUUUGUAGCAGUUGGAAACUUAAGCGUAUGAUAAGGACUUUUGUGUUUAUAAUGGCGUCUCUUGUUAAGAUCCUCUUAACAAACAUGGUGUGUGUGUCCACUCGGCACGUGGAUUCGUGGAUUUACACUCGUUGGUGGAAGAACAAGAUUAUUUAGGUCUAGAAGAAGGGAUUUGCCUUUUUUCAGCAGUUGUUCUCCUUGUAACUUUUUUCUUAUAAACAAAAGACAUUAUACAAAAGGGGGGGAUUGUGAAUGGGAUAUUGUUCUUGUUUUGUCACUGUCUUUGUUUCUGUCUGAUUAUUUUCCUCUUCAUUCCCAAAACAAAGAGAAUUUAUUGAUUGAAAACAACAGACUAGUUGUAAAGACUAUAUAGAGACUUAUUUAUUUUAAAAUAUUGUUUAAAAUAAAAAAAAAGACAAGUACAUUCCAUAUUACCACUUUUAAUGUUCUGAUACCAACUUUGAUUUAUUUUGUUUAUUGCAAGAGCUGAUACUUCUCCUGUGUACCAGUGUGUUAACAGUGUCUUGGAUAAUAAAGACAUUCAUUUGUGGUUAAAAAAAAAA